AUGUGUUCGGCACCGUCCAUUUUUCCAGCAAAGCACAUCAGACUCCGGCAAUUCAAAUCACCGGACCUGAAAGCUAGUAGCAGUGUUGUUAAGGGUAGCUUAAUUAGAUAUAUGGCGAAUCCUCGGAGAGUGAAAAUGGUGGCUAAGCAAAUAAGAAGAGAAUUAUCCGACAUGUUACUUACCGAUAAGGUUUUACUAUAUGCUGUCCUCCUUGAAACUUCUCUCGGUGCUAAUCCUUACCUUUCUUCACUUACCACUAUCAGUGAUGUCAAAGUAUUGAUUGAUUUACAGAUCGUUAAAGUCUAUGUCUCUGUUUUUGGAGAUGAAAGAGGAAAGGAGGUGUCAAUUUCUGGUUUGAAGUCAAAAGCCAAAUAUGUUCGGAGUGAGCUAGGGAAGCGAAUGAAGUUGCGACUAACUCCUGAGAUUCGUUUCAUUGAGGAUGAGUCACUUGAAUGUGGAAGCAGGAUUUAUUGCAAUACUGAAACGAUAAGAGAUGAGAGCGAGAAAGGGAAUGCAUAUUCUCGAGGUGAUAAAAAUUAACAACCAUAAGUAUCAGACCAAAUUGAUGAUGAGGAGGACUGGGAGGGAGAUGAACCAGAUGAGGAAGGCGUUAUUUAUGUAAAAUAA